GUUUCUAAUUAUCAUUAGAAUCUUGAUUCGCAUAGCCGGCGUGUUCUUUAAUUUUCAUUUUUUUGCACAAUGGAAGGUAUUCCAGAUGAUAUGUGGUCGCCCUUUAAGCAGCUCUACCGGGUUAUAGAACAGACAAUUCUUAAUCCAAACGAAGCUGAUAUCUCGAAUUUGGAGGUGUCGCUCAAGCGGCACAAACAAAUAUUUGUAAAUUUGCUUCGCAAUCCGCCUAAAAAUGAAGCCAAUCGAUCUCAAUUGCGGGCGUAUGUUACACAGGGUGUACCUGUUGCUGGAAAUGUCCGAGUGCCAUUGUCCAAGGAUCUCAUCGAUGAGAGCAUAAUCAUAUCGGAUAUGUUUGAUUUAGAUGAAUUUUUGGCUUUAGAAUUGCUGUGUACUGCCCAACAUCAAAUAAUUCAUUAUCCAGGCCUUCCAAGAGGUUUAGUAGCCGUUCUUUUGUACUACGACGGACGAAAAGCCAUUGCAAACUCCAUUAGAGAUUUGUUUCAAAUAACCAGCGGUGUAUCAUGGAUACCUGAUUCACCAAAACAAUUGGUCUCAUUGGUGUCAUCGUUUUCGCAAGCGCUAGUGGAUGAUUCAAAUAUAUUGGAAAGAAUUGUGGAUCUCUUGGACGAAUUGGAUAUUGUUAAGGAGACGGUUAUGUUGACCAAAAACAGAGCUCUGGGAGAUAACAAACACCAAAACCAAGUAAUGGAACUGUUCGAAGAUAUACGAAUGUCAUUAGCAACUGCUUUAUUUAAUUGGUCCGCUCAAAGAGGUUUGCCGAAAUUCAACGCAAUAAAACUACUUAGAAGUUUAUCCCAAAAUAAAGCAAAAGAAGCCAAUGGAGAAGUUGAAAAUACCACACUUACUAUGCUCUUGGCCCUUCUGUACUCAUAUGAUACUAGUAUUUUGCAAAAACAAGAUGACAAUACCUUAAUACAAAAUUUAAGCAUCAUUAGGGACCAUGAAUAUGUGCAGCACAUGUAUAAUGCAUUGAUGGGAGAAACAAGUUCCGACUGCAAUAGUGGAAUUGUAAACUUGGUAAAGUUUUCAUUUGGAUUAGCUAUAUCAGGCUUACGCCAUGCUUCCCAAUAUGUACAUAAUCAUAUGUCGGUUACCGAUUAUGAUGAGCAGCUUGUGGAUGAUGCCAUUUGUUCAAGUGUUUUCAAAUUUUUAUACUGCUGCAUUCUAGAGAAGGACUUAAUUUACCAGAAUCAAUUUUUCUAUCGGAGAAUUCAUAUGAUAUUUGCUGAUUUCAUUGAUUUUAUGCACUCCAAAGUGACGGAACUAAGAGGCAGAGCCGAUGAAACAUCUAAAACUGUUAUUGGUUUUACCAAGGAGGGUUUGGAGCCUCCACAAAAUUUGGAUUAUAACUUUGAAAUGCUUUUAUUAUGCAUAGGCAAAUUUUAUGCUGAUGAUAAGGCAGGUCUUUCGUUAUGCUCCGAGUAUUGGGGCCCACUGGAACCUUCAUCUAACUACGCCACAACAACACGUUCAGUUUCCCUUUUUAAGUUUAUACGCUUGGCUGGUGAACUCUUGCCCACUACUCUAUUUGUUCCCUAUUUGAAAAUGAUUGCUGGUCUAUCAAGUUGUGAGCGUUCAGCAAGAAGUACAUUUAAUCUCUUGAAGCAAUCCACGGGGCUGACUGGCAGUGCAGCAUUAUCUUGGGAGCAUUUUUUCUCAUCUUUGUCCCGAUAUUACACAAAUUUAAAACAGGACUUUCAUACCUCUAGUGACUCUAUAUACAGGAGCCGCAUGAUCAAUCGUAACAUAAGCCCCCAAGAAAUUGAAGGCCUACGAGCUGUUCUGGAGGUCUUACGAGCAGUCGCCUUACAUGAUGAAGUUGCUCGCAUAGCCAUAUGCGAGCAUCCAAAUUGGAAUCCAUUGUUUACGUUAAUAGGUCUGCUAGGCUGUUCAGUACCCAUUUAUUUAAAGUCUGAUAUUUUGAUGACACUCUCGGCUUUGGGGCGUUCAAAAGAAACAGCUAUACCCUUGUGGAAUAAUUUAGAGGCCUCUCAGAUAAUUAAAACGCUUCCCACGAAUAUGACUUAUGAUACAUGCAACUUAGAAAUGGAAAUUGAACAGAACGAAUGUCGACUGGAACAGUAUCCGCUUACCAAUAGCAUACUGGAUUUGUUGUAUUCGCUGGUCACUACGGUUAUUCCCAAAAACCUUGGUGGGGGUCCAAGAAAACCUGGGUUAGACCCAUAUUUAAAAUUCGUUAUAAAUGGAAUAUUUUUGAAAUUUUAUAACAGAACUUACAAAGAUCCUUCCGAAAAAUGGAGAGUUGGUGCUAAAUGUUUAAAAUUUUUACACUAUCUUUUGGACAUCUAUGAAGUGAAUCCCAUGGAUUUUGAGGAUAAUCUCGAUACCAACCCCCAUCCAGGAUAUCACAUUAUGUUGAAUUUACAAACAAAAUCCGAUACAUUGCGUUUAAUUUUGCAAAUCAUAGAUGAUGCUCGCAUGGAAUUGGACGAUUUAAAGAAGUUCCAUGGAAAGGUUGCUUUGGAGGAGUGCGCUCUGCAUUGUUUAAGAAUUAUAAAGCUGGGUUUGAAGAAUCAGGACAUAUUCUUCGAGGCACAUUCCAUUUCCAAUAGUGCAGUGUUGCUUUCGGGUCUAAACAAAAUCAUGCUAGAUAUCAAUCCAAGAAGCCGAAAGCCAGAUCAUGUUUUAAAUUCUACAUAUUUCUUGACAUAUUUCAAUUGGUUACCAUUUCAUGCUCUUGAAGCUGUUAAAAUCCUCCAUAUGGUGUCCAAUCAACCCGGUGUUAAUUCCCAAAUAGUUGGUAUUUUUACACAAAACGAGAAUACUAAGACAGUGUUGCGCCAUGGCUUUGUCGAAUGUUUGGAAACGGAUUUUGUGCAAAGACAAACCAAGCCUGAGAAUAACGAGGAUGCUAUAGGCACUGAGGGACUCGAAUCCCCAAAAGUACAUUUACAAAUCAAGGAAGCUAUUAUCAUGCUUAUACAAGACUGCCUGUGUCAGCCAACGCCGAAUCUGGGACAAUUUCUAUUGGGUUUCGAUCAUUUGAAGGAUGUGCAGUCCACCAACAAGAACAGAUUGGGAUUAUUUGAUUUGGGAAUCAAUUGCACAAAAUCUUUGGUGUUCCUAUUAGAAAAGCAUUUGCAGAUGAAGAAGAACUCGAAUAACUUACAAGUUGAUGUAGAAAACAUUGCGGAGCGUUGCUUCAGUUUGCUAUUUUCUCUAUGUGAAAAUCCCAAAACUUCCGAUCAAAUUCUACGCUAUCUGCGCACCAGACAUGAUUUUCUGUGUCGUUAUUUGAAUGAGUUCCCAGUGUUGUCUGUAGAGAAUUCUCAUGUUAUCAACCAGAUCAGUUAUCUGCUGAGGAGUAUAGCAAUUGAAUUGAAAUUGACUGCCUCCAAUUGCCAAUUGAGCAGAUUUCAGCAUAUAUCGGAUUUCUUUUUGGGCAUGCCAUCCAAAAGUGGCCAAGAUAGCACUGCAAUGGAGCUGAAUCAUUUCUAUGCCACCAAUUCGAAUGCUAUUAUUGAUACAACCACAAAUACCUCGGCCACAAGAAAUAAUUUGCUAUGUGAACUUAUCAACUCGAUUGAUCUGGAAGUUGGACAAAUUCCUGUACCAUCAUGGAAUUAUUUCGAUAAGACUCUGCUCGAACAGAUAUUCAAAGAAUGCGAAUAUAAGGCAAAUGAAGGCCACAAGUUGAUUGAUUUGCGAAAAAUUCAUGCAACCUUGCAUGGGGAGCUGAAAAUAGUGCAGAGUACAAUAGCAAGUGGUCAGCGAAGAUUGAUUCUACAAGAAAUUGAAUCGGUGAUGAUGCACGCUUUAAAUGUCAAUGAGCAGCGUUGCAAACGUUUUGCCAUAGUCAAAUUUGUGGAAGCUUGGAGUCAGGUUUCGGAAAUAUUGUUUAGUUGCGUGCCCAGUUCCUGUUUGGCAAUGUCUAAGAAACAGGAGCUUAUUAUUGAAAUAUUGCAAAAGAUCUUAUUGAAAAUAAGUCCCAAUCAAACCAUCCUGGAGAUAUCGGCUAUUAUAUCUGAAACCAUUUUGAUACUACUUGUUAAUCUAAGAAAUUGUUUCUCCAGUUCACUGGAACAAGAACACGAACGUGGCGAACAAACCACUGCAGAAAUGAACAAAUAUCAUCCUUCGAAAUCCAAUACAUUGAAUAUAAAAUUCAUUUUGAAGUAUUUAUUGGAGUGGAUUAUUGUUAGUGGAGUGGUUUCCCAAAAACUAAGAAUUAACCUGUAUGCCUCCUUAUUAAAUUGCCUCAGUAUAGUAAAAGAGCAAAGUUCUAGAAAACCCAUUGCUCUUUCAAAUGAAAACCUUGUUACUCGUUUAGACAAGUCCAAGGGCAACGAUUCCAUGUAUGCAGAUACCACGCACAUUAGAAUGUCCAUUGAAGUGUUAUUGUCAUUUGGAGAAAAGCUUAUGGAAACCAUAUGCCACGAUUGCAUUGCUGGACAUGACAUUUGUAAAAUGUCCGCUUUAGCAUGCAUUGAUGUCUUACUGGAUAUUGACUCGAUGGCCCAUUUAAUGAACUUCAUAGCUCACCAUGGUUAUUUGUCUCACAUUAUAGAGAGUAUUGCUAAAAGUGACAAUCAGCUAUGUGCUACACUGUCCAAUGCUCCAGAGAAUAUGAAAUAUCUGUAUGUGUAUGAGUCGAAAAUGUCAAUGUUGCUGCGUUUCGCGAAUACCCAUCUUGGAGCAGAACUGUUGCUCUCGAAUAAAGUUUUAGAUGUCCUCUCCAGCAUGAAAGUUUUGGAUAUGCAUCCCGAUUUGAAACGCAAAGAAGUUUGGCAACGCAACGAAAUGAGAGAUUUCAUACCAGGCUUUGAUUAUCGCUUUAGGCAAAUUCUAUUUCCAGCUUUGAAUUUAUGCGAUUGUCUAGUUUCGACAUUGGGAACUGAAAAUUACUCUGUGAUAUCACAAGUAAUGCAUUUCUUAUUUUCUCAUUGGGAUAUGAUUGAAAUAAUUCUCAGAUCCGGUUCACCAUUUUCGGAUCUGGGGCUGUUGGAGGAGUUGUCAUUGAUAACAGGAGUUAUUGCACGAACAUUUAAUCAGGAAACCCUAUCUCUUAUCAAUAUUGAUACAACUGGAGACAUUGGCGUCAAUCUGUAUAGAAUUCAAAAGCUCAUGCUUUCCAUAUAUUUGCGUUUCAUCAUAAGUGAUGUUAAUUUUAAGGAAAUGUUAAAGCCCGAUAAUGCCCUAUACGAGCAAACCGAUGAAAACACCUCACUUCAUAUUAAAUAUUUUCUAGAAAUUGCAGCAAAUUUAACAUUGUUUUGCAGAAACAUAGUGACAAACAAUUCGGCUGAUCACAGAACUAAUGGACUUUUGUUCUCACCACACAUACAUGAGGCCGUUCAUAGGAGUGAAGAUCAUAUUAACAACAUAUAUAACCACUAUAAUCUGGGAAUCGUAGUGGACCAGCUUAAAGGUUCCGUAGAAUACUAUCAUGCACAAAAGGCCAUCUUCGAAGGAAUGCUACGUCAAAGAUCCGUUCUAGACAAUAUCAGUUUCGAUUCAAUGGCAAAAGAUAAAUACACUCAAAUCAAUAAACAACUAGUCGAUAAACAAAAUGUGCUCUAUUUAUGUGUCUUCAUCGCCGAGCAAUGUUUAUAUCUACUCUGGAGUCAUUUGGAUUAUUACAUGAGGUACUCAUCGUCAGCAAAACAUGAUGUACACUCUUAUGAUGAUAAUGAACUAACAAAUGUCUACAAAUGUAGCAACGAUGAAUUGGAGAAAUUAAAGAAAAAAUUGGUUUUAGUGUUUAAUGAAACAUUUUCAAAGCAGUUGUGUACCACAUCGGAUGCGCCCGAGAGCAAAGAAGCUGCAUUUAACAUAGCUCUUUUGCGCAGAAUUAAGUCAUUAAUACAAUAUUUUCCAGCUAAAUAGAUAGAUAAGGAUUUUUAAUAGUAAGCCAAAACAAUAAAGAAAAACAAAAAUGUUUAUGAUUUUCUCAAAACUAA